AUGUACUCGCACUGUUUAUCUUGUCGUUGCCCGACUUCGAUUGAUUGCUUGUAUGAUAUGGCCGUCCGGCGGUGGGGGAUUGUCCAGCUGGCUGUUGGCUUUGAGCUGGCUGUUGACUUUGGGCUAGCUGUUGACUUUGAGCUGGCUGUUGACUUUGGGCUAGCUGUUGACUUUGAGCUGGCUGUUGACUUUGAGCUGGCUGUUGACUUUGAGAAAUGA